CGCUGCCCACCUUCGACGCUGCCUACUUUCAAGUACAUCGACGAGGAGGACGAGGAGGAUGAGUGGAGCAGCCGCUCGCAGUCCUCUACCGAGGAUGACUCCGGGGACUCUCUGCUUUCUGACAGAUACGUGGUGGUGUCGGGGACGCCGGAGAAGAUUUUGGAGCAUCUCCUCAGCGACCUGCACUUGGAAGCCGCCCAGGACAAAGAGACGGAAACUCUGCUGGAUGACUUCCUGCUCACAUACACAGUCUUCAUGACGACCGAUGACUUGUGCCAGGCACUUCUGAGGCACUAUUGUGCUAAGAACCACCAAGGGAAAGAAGAUGACUCUGAUGUGUCCUGUAGGAAGCGGAAAGUCUUGCAUUUGGUAUCUCAGUGGACUUCUCUCUACAAAGACUGGUUACAUGAAGAUGAGCAUUUAAAACAGUUUUUAAAGACAAUAUACAGAAAUGUGCUAGAUGAUGUGUAUGAAUAUCCCAUUCUUGAGAAGGACCUGAAAGAAUUUCAGAAGAUACUUGGGAUGCAUCGCCGUCACACUGUAGAUGAGUAUUCACCUCAUCGAAAGAAUAAAACCUUUUUCCACCAGUUCAGUGUAAAGGAGAACUGGCUGCAGCACAGAGGAACCAUGAAUGAAAUAGAAGAGAUUUUCUGCCGUGUGUAUAUAACGGAGCACUCCUAUGUCAGUGUGAAAGCUCAAGUAUGCACUUCAGCUCAGGAGAUACUGAAGAUUGUGGCAGAAAAGAUCCAGUACCCGGAGGAGGAGUUGGCACUGGUGACUGUCACGUUCUCUGGUGAAAAACAAGAACUACAACCAAAUGACUUGGCUAUCUCAAAAUCUUUGGAGUCAUCCAGUCGUAUGUUUGUCUACCGAAAAGAUCUAACUGAUUCUUUGAAUCCAUUUGCUGAAAAUGAGGAAUUGCAGCAAAGGUCUGUGAGGAUUUUGGGAAUCAACACCUGGGAUCUUGCAUUAGAAUUGACAAAUUUUGACUGGAGCCUCUUCAAUGCAAUUCAUGAGCAAGAGCUGAUAUACUUCACAUUCAGCAGACAGGGCAAUGCUGAAAACACUGAGAAUCUCAGUCUUCUGCUUCAAAGAUGCAACGAGGUCCAGCUUUGGGUUGCCACCGAGAUACUCCUCUGUAACCAGCUCUGCAAACGUGUGCAGCUAGUCAAAAAGUUCAUCAAGAUUGCUGCCCACUGUAAAGCCCAAAGAAAUCUGAAUUCAUUCUUCGCUAUUGUUAUGGGUCUCAACACUGCAUCUGUCAGCCGGCUGUCUCAGACCUGGGAGAAAAUUCCUGGGAAGUUCAAGAAACUUUUCACUGAACUUGAAAGUUUAACAGACCCUUCUCUGAAUCACAAAGCUUACAGAGAUGCAUUCAAGAAAAUGAAAUCUCCGAAAAUCCCCUUCAUGCCCUUACUUCUGAAAGAUGUAACAUUCAUCCAUGAAGGAAAUAAAACAUUUCUGGAUAACCUUGUUAAUUUUGAAAAGCUGCACAUGAUUGCAGACACUGUUCGGUCUUUGAGACAUUGCAGAAAUAACCAAUUUGGCAAUGAAGUUCCUUCGAAAGAGCAUCAUGAGCUGAAGCCAUAUGUCCAUCACCUGCAUGUCAUCGACAACCAGCAAGCUCUGUUUGAGCUUUCUCACAGGAUAGAGCCACGAGUGUGAGCGUACACAGCUUCCUAUAACCUUGUAACUGCAGCACUUUGAAUUAAGUGAAUGUUUAUGCCAAGCAUGUUGCUUCCCUAUAUAAGAACAGUUUACUGAGUUUUAUCAGUAGCUCACACAACAUGCGCAGGAAAAUCAGGCAAGAGCCAGCAAAGGAGCUGCUCACAGAGUUGCAGGGCAAGCUUGGUGCCAUUCCCACUGGUCACUGGGAUGUGAGGGAGCGGAGCAGCGUCCUUUGAACUCAGGAGCUUGGUUUCUGUGAAAAUAUUGUUUGGUCCUGUGUAGCUUUCAAUGCAGAUUCUGCCAGUAUUAGAAUGAAAGGAAUCAUCAUGUCACAGCAGCAAAACAUUUCAGCAAGCAACAUGCCGCAAGGGGAUUGAUUCCCAGUUCACCACAUAUGUACCUCACUAAUUCAAGGCUGCCAAAGUAUUGUUGCCAAAAAUAAUGUGCAAUCUCUGCAGUUCCUCUGAGUCCACUGGAGCAUCAUAUUUGAGAUAAGUGCAAACAACCAAGGAUGGGAAUAUAACAAGGCAGCGCAACCAGAUGAAACUCAAGUGUGUGUCGUGUUGUGGAGAUCAGCAGUAAACAGUCCAUGCU